GCGGCGGCGGCCUGGAGAAGCCGCGCACCCGCCGCCGCCCCCCGAGCCUCGCAGCCGCCGCCGCCGCCUGGCCCCCGAGGAGAGGGAGGCGGGCGCCCCUCGGGGAAGAUGAAGGCGGAGGGGGGCGACCACUCCAUGAUCAACCUGUCGGUGCAGCAGGUCCUGAGCCUCUGGGCCCACGGGACGGUGCUGAGGAACCUCACGGAGAUGUGGUACUGGAUCUUCCUCUGGGCUCUCUUCUCUUCUCUGUUUGUCCAUGGUGCUGCAGGAGUGUUGAUGUUUGUGAUGCUGCAGAGGCAUAGGCAGGGAAGAGUCAUCUCCGUCAUUGCAGUCAGCAUUGGAUUUCUGGCUUCCGUAACUGGAGCGAUGAUUACCAGUGCAGCAGUAGCGGGCAUUUACAGAGUAGCUGGGAAGAACAUGGCCCCUUUGGAAGCGCUGGUAUGGGGCGUUGGACAGACUGUAUUGACAUUAAUCAUCUCCUUUUCAAGGAUCCUCGCUACACUUUGAGGUUUCUGUGAGAAUGUCUUACUUCAUAUAAGGAAACAGAUGUACAGAUUCCCUGAAAACGGCAUUGUUAAAAGUGGAAAUGAAGUUGUGCAAGAAUGUGGACUGAGCAGGUCAAAGCAUAAGGAAGACCUUGAGCUGUGUGGAAAGAUUGCCCUCUGGUGUUCAAGUGAUUGCACUACCGCACUGCACCUUAUGUGCCUCUGUCCCAGGCAAGGUGCAUUAAGACACUAUGUAAAGUUACAAGAAAAAGCACCUUGUUUAGCUGCCUAUCAGGUUAACAUUGGUGUUGAAAUCAUCGUUUUUAACAGUGUUGUGUUAAGUUACAGGGAUGUUUCGAGGUAUUGAUAUAUGUGCCAAACUCUUUUCUUUUUGUUAACAUUGAUCAUGUGACAAUUUGCAAGUGUAGAUGUAGCUGAGUGCUGUGAACAUAUUUGACAUGAAUUCAGGUAAUGUACUAAGAUUUUUGUCCUGUAACACUAAAUCCCGUAUGAGUGCUAAAUACCGAAUUGUUUAAUAUGAGAGAAAUUAAUUGGUUUUUAAUGUUGCACAUUUCUGGGAUUUAGGGCUUCAAUAUGUUUAGGUAUUAUUUAAUUGAUGUGGAAGAUAAGUCUUCUUAAUGGAAGACUAGCUCAAAUGUUUUAAGAACUCAGAGUGGCUCUAUAGGGUGCAUACUUUUCACUAACUUAAAACAGUUUCCCUUGUGCAUAAAUAUUCUAUAAAAAUUCAGAAACUUUAAGGGUCAUACACAUUGAUUGUAGUUUGUGUGUCAUAAAAAUGUAAUUUGAAAAUUUUCUUAAAAAUUUUGUAAGAAAAAAAGUCUGAAAUGCAUGUUGCAUUCUUUGACCCUUCUAAAGAAAGUUUUUGCCUCGUAUCUCAUGGACAAAACAUCUUUAUAACUAGUAUCUCAGUGGGAUAAUAUUACAUGUUGCAUAUAUCUUGAUUUUUGACAAAACAUAAACAGUCUUUCAUUCUGGAGUAUUAACUGUUUUUAGAGAGUGGCCUAAAUUAGGCUCUGGAAAUAAAGACCUCAUUUGUAGAUAAGUAACAAGUAAGUUAUAUAGGAAGAGUAAUAACUGUUCUUUGGAUAUAUGGUAACAUUAUAAUUUUGUUAAAAAAAUUGGGGAAUACAGUAGGUAAUUUUAAAGUUUGGCAGUCUCAGCAUAUCAAUGCAGUAUUGAACGUGUAUUUGAGUAAUUUAUUUCAGUUGUUCAGUUCUUGAUUUAUGAUAUUACGAUUUAAAUUUAAGUUUACUGGAAGAAUCAGUGAGGGCAUGUGUUAAAGUGGAAAUGUCCUUUAUAUAAAACAUUUUAAGAGGUUUUAGCAAUACAUAAUUGCAAGAGUAUAGGAAGUAGGGUUGAACUGGUCUUCCAAUGAGAUUUUUUUUGGCACCAGAUACAGUUAAAAUGUGCUAACUCAAAGUAGGAGCCGUUGCAGAGAAUAUGAAGUUAAGGAUAAUAAAAAAAAAUCUGGUAGCCUCGCUGUUUAAUCCAAUUUGCUAUAAAAGUAGGCUUCUCUAAUAUCCCAUUCAAAUUUAAGAACUUUGUUACCUGCAUCACUUUUUCUUUACCCAGAAGCAGAAUAUAUCCACAACUUAUCAAUGAGAAGUUGGGGAAGCAGUGCUUUUACCAGUUUACCAUUAUGAAUGGCAAAGCAGUAUGUAUUUGACAGUAGAUCAUCAAUUGAUAGUCUCUAGAAUUUUUUUAAAUUACCUUUUGCAGUUGCAUUGCAAUUGCAAAUUUGGGGGAUUUACUAUCACUGUGGCUUGGAAAUUUGUUUUUAAAAAAAACAAUAAGCAACUAUGCAUGGAUCUUUGAAGUAAAUCUUAAAAUUGAUUCUUUUUAUUAUGUACAAGCCUGAAAUUGUUUUCAUGUGUUCUUUAUAUUGCUGAUGUUUUUACAAAUUAAAUUUAGGCAUAACUUUUCCAAGUUAAUCUGAUUUUUUCUUUUCUGCUAGACCUGAAUUGUGUUCCUCUUUACUUUGGCUAUUCUGUCAAUAAUUUAACGCAUUCAUGUUCUUCCAGAGGAAUUACCAAUAGCAUGUGGAAAUUGUUUCAGAUCUACAGAAUGAAUACUUAUUUUAACAUAUGGUUAUUUUAUGAUUUAAGAAAGUUAUGGUAAAGUAAUAUGGAGCAUGAUUCAUAAUCCAAAAUUAACCAGAAAAUAACUUGGAUACAUUAAAUGUACUAAUGUGUGGACCAAAGAGUUAACUCUUGUUUUUACUCUAGAAUGAAAGUAUAAUUGAAUGGUUAAUAAUUAGUUUGUAUGUAGAGUGUCCUGCCGUUAUCUCAUUAUCAAGUUGCUUUACGUUAUGAAUUGUGUGUGUAUACUUUUAAUUUUAGUGGUUAUUUUUGGUUUCUUUGCUGUUUUCAGUUACUUCCAUUGGGAUUUUGCGCAGCGUCAUUCUUUUGAUGUUUUGAGAUGCAGUUGAAUAGUGUGAAUUUAUGUAUUGUCUUAAUAGCUGUUUAUAUGCUGAGAUUUUUUAAAAGUUAGUAGCUUUCCUAUAGACACAAGAAAUGUUUAAUGAUAUAUAUAUACACACACAUAUGUAUAUCAUUAUAUACGUAUAUAGAGUGCUGCUAUAUAUGAAUACAGUUUACUUGGAAAGCUUUUUUUCAAUGAACACUUUCAUGUUCUAUUGGAGAAUUUGUUCAGUGUAAUGAUCUUUUAAAUAGGUUUGAGGAUGUUUGAGAAUUUUGAAUUUUGGGAAAAUUGUCUUCACUUAAUAGAGCUGGAAACCCUUGUUUGGGAUAUGACAAAAGCCCUUAUUGAUAUAUUUGGGUUAUACUUUGUUAAAAUUUAUAUGUGAUUUAGCAGUAAAUUUUCUUUGUGACAAAUACAGGAAGGGAGGGAGGACCGUUUAUAGUGGACACUCCUUUAUUUUAAAAUGUUUAAUAAAAUAUUGCUAAUAGUGAAAUUAGUUCCCCAAAGAAAGAACUCAUAUAUGCCCAAACUAAUUAUUAUUUAUCACACUGAUUAAAAAUACCCAUAGAUCACAGCUAGUCAGGGGGCCUCAAAUAAACUACAAAUAAUGCUUAAAACUUUAAAAGAAGAACAGGUAGUCUUUUCCAUGGGACAGUUCCAAGGUAAUACCCUAUCUUGCCUAGGAUAAGCAAAGUCCUAAAUGAUGGCUAUAUUCAGGGCUUGUAGUUGAAUUAUUAUUCUUUUAGAUCUUAAUGUUUACCAAACAGUGUUACAAUUUGUUACCCAAUAUACUUUUUUUAGUAUUUGUAGCAUACAUUUCCACUGCUCAAAAAAGUAUAAGGGUUUUGUUUAUACCUUAAAUGAGAGAAAUAAAGAAAUGAGUUGGCUUGUAUAUCUUGUAUUUGUGAUAUAAGGAACGGGGAUAAUUUAAAAUCACAGAAUGUUGUGGAAAAGGUUUUCAAAGAACCUCUAAUGAAGAAAGUGGGGCUGCCAUAUCAUGUACCCAGCUGCCACUCACACACCAAAUAAUUCCAUUUUGUAAACACUUUUUGUGAAUCCGCUGUGUAAAGUGCUGUACCAAGUAUUUUCUCUAGUAAGAACAAGAAUUACCAAGAUGGGAUUUUUGAUCUUGAGUCCACCAAGAGCUAGCAAGAUGAUUUUAAAUCCUAAAAAGUUUGGGACAACAUUUUGCUUCCUGAUCUUAGUUGAGAGUUAGCCUGUUUUACCCCUCAAGAUUCUCAGUUUCCUGGUUCAUCCACUAAAUAGAAUUUCCAUAACUGAGAUACCAUGGCUGUGACAUAGUGAAGAGAAUACUAGACUCCAAGUCAGCAACACAGGUUGAAUUAAGACUCUGUCACUUGUCAACUUUUUGACCUUGAGCAAAUCAUUUAACUUCUCUGAGCCUCACUUUAUAAAAUGUGACUAAUACCUCAUGUAGUUAUUGUGAGGAUUAUGUGAGAUUGUUUAUGAAUGGCAAAGCAGUAUGUAUUUGACAGUAAAUGAUCAAAGGAUAAUCUCUAGAAUUUUUUAAAAUUAUAUUUUGUAAUUGCAUUAGCAAUUGAAUAUGUUUUGUAAAAUUCAAUUUUCUUUUAUUUCUAUAUUUUCCUUAUAUAUAUUUUAGGAAAGAAACUAAAAACAUUCUCUUAUAAUUUUGCUUCAUCUCCUCUUCACCUUUUCUUUUUAAAAUCAGCAGAUCUUUAAGAUCCUUUUGUGAAUUUGUGCUGGUAGAAGUGGCCAGUGCAAGUGGGACUAAAUUAGGUCUGUUGACCACUGGUUACAAUAGAAAAAGGGUAGAGAGGUAGUCAGCCUUUACUCCUUUACCUAAUCCCACUUAGCUCCCUUGGAUUCAUUCUGCCAUUUUGAUUCAUUGACUUUCUGCUAUUUGCAAAUUAUUCUUCUUGAAAAGUAAGAGCUAUAUAUAGCCCCUCUGCCUAUAUGUCUGCUUCUUCUACCAGCCCUGGGCAUUUGGCUCUGCAGUAUAGUACCAGUUCUUUAGAAAAAUGGAAGGAUAUUCAGUGUCUACCAAGUCCUUUCUUCCACGGGCCAAGUGUGCUUAAGCCCUAGAUGUUAUUUUGUUUAUUUUUUUUAACUUUACCAUUAUUUUAAAUUUAUAUCCAUCAUAUAGUUCAAGGAGUAACAAGAUGCCUGGAGCAAUUUCUGAAAUCUCAAACCACUUCGCUCUUGACACUACAGAUUUUUCUCUCAGUCUGAAUCAGAAUCUCUGCAGUCAUUAUUUGUUUUUAAGAUGUGAGGAAUGAGGAAAAUUACUGAAGAAAUUCUAGCAGAUUGAGAUUGCAGAUAAAUUUGGUAACACUUGUUGGGUAACUGGGUAAAUUACUAUUUCUUUUAAUAAUUGAGGUGAAACUCUCAAUGGUUAAAAUGGACCAAUAAUCAAAUGGUUUUAUAAUCUUUCUUAGCUUUCCUGUCCUUGUUAUAACAUCUUGGAAGAAGACUCUUCAGGAUAAAAAGGACAUUAUUUGAUUAAAAAUUAUAAUACUUGGAGAGGUAACACAAAAACAACAUAUUUGAUGAAGUGCCCUACAUCCUGUGAACACAGUUUCAACCUUUUUGUUAGGACUAUAAACUACACUGGAUGAGUAUGUAUACUGCAUGUUUACACAUGCUGUGUUUCUUUACAUGUGAGGCUUCACUGACCACUGUGUGUUCUCAAAUUGUAUUACGAUUUUCAUGUGUGUGGUAACAGCUUUGCUCUUCUCACUAAGGAGUGCUGUUCUGUGUAGGCAGUACAGUGUUGUUAAGAAGGUUGCUGAAUUAGUUAUCUACAAAGGUAUCUGUGAAUUGGGGGGAAAUAAUGCUUAAUAUCUGAAGUAUUUUUAGUAAAUGUAGAGAUAUAUCAGAUAAUACUUUACUAAAUUAGUGGAAACACAUUUCUGAGUGAACUGAACUAUGAACUAUAAUCAUCUCUUACCCUGAGUUCAGGGAAGUUGUUUUCACAUUCUUUACAUUUAUUCCACAUGUGUUGAACUGACAUAAUAACUCUUCCCUGAUUUUGAGAAUGGAUUUAGCAGUUUUCUAAAAAUCCUCCUCUUGCCAUAUAGGUGUCGUAUGUUAUAGUUUAAACAUAUGUAUAGUUUGUUGGGAGAAUCCAAGGAGCUGGUAUAGGAAAGAAUAUUCUUAACACCUACAGUUAUGCAGCUCUAAUCUUUGAAAAGUAAAUAGUUUAGGCAAGUCAGAAGAGCAUGAACCUCAUACAUACGUUUUUAAGAUUAGGUGGUGCACCCACAUGUAUCUACUCUUGGUAGUAAUGUGACUUUCCCCUUUUUGGGAAUGUAUUUAGGUGGAUAACUGAAACUGAAAAGCAGUUUGACACAAAUACACAGGAAGAGGAAUUAUGGUGCAUAAUCAAUCAUCUGAGUCACGUAACUGUAACACUUUUCUCUUAGAUAUAAAUUGGUAAUUACCAAAAAUCACCACUUUAAAAAUAUUCUGUCAUGCUGAAGUAAGCACUUUUCUUGGAGCCCUGUUUAAAUGAAUAAUAGCGUAAGAGGACCACUGAUGACGAAGUCUCUCUUGUUUUUAAAUUAUUUACACAUCAUUGUUAAGAUAGUCUUAACAGUUGACACUCUUAGUGUUUGUGAUGUAGGAUGUAUUUACAAUGGUGGCAUUUUUAAAAAGAUUUGGCCCUCUCACCAAUACACACAUUCAGAUGUGAGCUCCACACAUUGAGAUGGACAAAUGGGAAAUUCAACAGUAUUUUUUGUUUUAGCCAUCUAACUUGGUAAAAUUCAUAGGAUUCUACCAUAAGUAUUAGCCCCUGAUUCUAGUUAUUCUGAAAUGAGGAAUCAACUUUAUCUUAAAGUCAACUAGCUAAAAUGUCUUUAUUUAAAUAGCAAAAAUAUAGUUUACCUGACAGGUAUUAAAAGUCUCACUUUCAAAUUGUAACUCUCAGACCACUGAUGAAUCAUUUAGUAUGUCACAGGCAGAUUUUAAAAGCUAAGUGAUGCUUUAGUGCCUUGUACGUUAAGAUACUUGUGCAAAGUGGAUUUAGCAAGAUUCAGGAUUGGCACCAGUGAGUUGGCUGGGUACACGCCACCCGUGACUGGGAAUUCCGAGUUCAGGAAGCCUAACAGGUAGUGGCUACUAACUUUAUAUGGUUCAAUGUAAAUCAGUUACUUAACAUUGACUGUGACAGAUGACAGCUACUUUCAUUAUAUUUUCACGAUGUGGUAUUUUUCUCUAGUUUUUCUUUUUCCAAGUAAGUAUGAAAUGGAAAAAAUGUAGUUAAGAAAAUUAAAUGUGGGAUUUUAAAAUUUAGUUUUGUUGUAAACUAGAGAUUCUAGUGAACAGUGUUAGUUUUAUACUGUAGUACAGGGCACACACUUUAACCUUUCGAUAUGUUUACCAUCAGGGAUUUAUUUUUACUAUAGAAAUACUAAAUGUACUGUGAAGCUUAAAGACAGGAGAAAAAACGUUGGAGGGGUAAUACACAAAAACAAAGGCAUAUUUGAUGAAGUACCCUAUGUUAUGUGAACACAAUUUCCCCCUUCUGUUAAGACUAUAAACUAUGCUGUAUGAGUAUGUGUACUGCAUGUUUACAUAAAGCAGUUUAAUUUCGAAGGAUUAUUUUAAAAACUAUGUUUAUAUAUAAUACCUAACAAGCUGUAAAUAUUGUAUAUUAUUGAUUUUUAAUUUUAUAUAAGCAAUUUUUUAUUUCCCAAUUCAUGUACAAAUCUCGUUGUGUAUAUAGCAUAAUUUCCUGGAGAACACAAAUUUUGCAGUGAAUUUUAAGUAUUUUAAUUGCAGUAAGCAUCAGUUUAGCCUUAGAGAUGUUGAUCUUUAUUUUAAAUUAUUUUCCACCAUUCUCAUUUUCUUCAAAGGGCAGCAAUAAACAUAUGCAAGUUAUUUUUAAUUAUAGAAAGUAGGUCUACAACGAUAAGAUCUAGGUUUCAAUUCAUUGCUUUAAGGAAAAGAUGCACAAUUACUGUCAUUCAGUGUCUGAUCACAGGACCAUUUCCGUGGUCCACAUGUGGCUCUCCUCUUUGUAAUAUACAGGGUGAACUCUUUACUGAUACACACAAAACAACUGUCAAAAGUGAAUCCAGCACUUAACUGUCAUUACACAGAAUUUAUUGGAUUAAAAAUUUGUAAUAUACAGUAUUUUAAUAAAGUUUCUGUAUUCAAUUUCAUGCACUUAUAUAUAAAUAAACCUGUCUUUGAAAGCUU